GGCGCGAGAGCGGCGUGAGGGGAGCGGGACGGGACGGAGCGGACGGGACGGGGCGGCGGGACCCGCUCCUGGCACCGCGGCUCGGCCCCGGCCGCUCCGCCGAGCGGGCGCUCCGCUCGCCAGCCGGGAUGCUGCUCGUGGCCGCCGGGAUCCUGCUCGCCGUAGCUGCGGGCGGGCGGGGGUCGCCGGCAGGCGAGCAGGAGAGCCCGCCGGGUAGCCGCUUCGUGUGCACCUCGCUGCCGCUGGACGCCGCCGGCGCGGGCUGCCCGCUGCCCCCCGUGCCCAUGCAGGGCGGCGCGCUGCCCCCCGAGGAGGAGCUCAAAGCCACGGUGCUGCAGCUGCGGGAGACCGUCCUGCAGCAGAAGGAGACCAUCGGCAGCCAGCGGGAGGCCAUCCGGGAGCUCACCGGGAAGCUGAGCCGCUGCGAGGGCGCCGACGGCAAGUCCGCCGCGGGGGCGUGGAAGAACGAGGUGGGCAAGGGCAAGGACACGAUGGGCGACCUGCCGCGGGACCCGGCGCAGGUCAUCGACCAGCUGAGCCGCACCAUGCAGACCCUGAAGGACCGGCUGGAGAGCCUGGAGCACCAGCUCCGAGCCAACGUGUCGUACGCAGCCCUGCCCGCUGAGCUGCGGGAGCUGCUGCAGCGCCGCCUCGGGGACCUGGAGCGCCAGCUCCUCAGCAAGGUGGCCGAGCUGGAGGAUGAGAAAUCCCUGCUCCACAACGAGACCUCAGCCCACCGGCAGAAGACAGAGACGGCCUUGAAUGCGCUGCUAGAAAGAGUGUCUGAGUUAGAGAAAGGUAACAGUGCAUUUAAGUCACCUGAUGAGUUCAAAGUCUCCCUUCCUCUUCGCACCAAUUACCUGUAUGGGAAGAUCAAGAAGACUCUGCCAGAGCUCUAUGCUUUCACUGUGUGCUUGUGGCUGAGGUCAAGUGCUUCUCCUGGGAUUGGCACUCCGUUCUCAUAUGCUGUUCCUGGGCAAGCCAAUGAAAUUGUCCUCAUAGAGUGGGGGAAUAAUCCAAUUGAGCUGCUAAUUAAUGAUAAGGUUGCUCAGCUCCCUCUCUUCAUCAGUGAUGGAAAAUGGCAUCAUAUCUGCAUAACAUGGACAACCAGAGAUGGAAUGUGGGAAGCUUUUCAGGAUGGAGAGAAGCUUGGCACUGGAGAGAAUCUUGCUCCUUGGCAUCCAAUUAAGCCUGGAGGUGUCUUGAUCCUGGGUCAGGAGCAGGACACAGUAGGAGGAAGAUUUGAUGCAACUCAAGCCUUUGUUGGAGAGAUGAGCCAGUUCAAUAUAUGGGACAGGGUCUUGAGAGCUGAAGACAUCAUGAAUAUUGCCAACUGCUCUAUCAACAUGCCUGGCAACAUCAUCCCCUGGGUGGAUAACAACGUGGAUGUGUUUGGAGGUGCUACUAAAUGGCCUGUGGAGACCUGUGAGGAGCGUCUGCUUGACUUGUAGCUGUGAUCACUUCCCAUCCAAGUGCCCCCUUUAGUAGGACAAUCUUCUGUGCAAUCUAAAGCACUUCUUUUUCCCCUUGCCCUUCCCCAGUCUUAACUCCUUGAAAGAAUAAAAAAAAAAAUAGAGUAAACUGCCUCAAUGCAAAGAUAGCUGCUAGUUUGGGGCAUUGAGCCUGGCUAUGAAAGGAGCUAGAGCAGCCCUUGCUUUCUUGUGGCCUGAUCCAAAAAUGUGCUUUGGCCUGCAGAACCCUUUUGGUUGGGCCUGAGCUUAGACCAUCAGCUCUUCUGCAGGGAGGGAGAGCAGUGUGCACACUUCACUCUCAUGUUCCUGAGAAUGUGCAGUGCUGACAGCACCAGGAAUAACAGACUAAAUGUGAACCCUUCCUUCCAGUCUAUUGUCUUCU